UCUGCGGGACGCGCAGCGUCGCGGCGUCCUCCGUGUCUCCGGUAUCCUCUACCGAUCUCGCGCGUCUGUCCGUCCGUCAGCGAUCCUAAUAUACCGAGCGGCGCGAACGGUCGUCUUAGGGUCCAGUGCGACGAGAACUGUCGGAGAGGAGGGAUUGGAGUAUCCAUAAGGGGGGGCAUGUGGGGGAACAAUAAAUUCGAGAAAAAUAUGAUACAUGACGCCAUGAUAAGAUGCUUCUUAUCACUGUGACGAUCACGGGACGUCGAGCGUCCUUCUCGAGCGCGGAGAGUUACGUCGAUUGCCGUCCGGAAGGAAUACGAUAGCUCGUCCCGAGGAUCACGCUUACAUUUUUCAUUCUCCAAUGUUUUUAUCGUUUCUUUUCCCACUUGAAUGUCCCGAUGACCGGACAAUGGCUGAGAAUAAACUGAUACACGCGACACGCCUGUAAUCCGUCGUGACUUCGCAUCACGUGUGUUUAAAAUACCGCGAUCGCACGGUAUCGCGAGGUAUCGACGCUCGCCCGCGAUUGAACUUUGGAUGUUAACGCGCCGCGAGCUGGUGGCACCAUUCGUUUCUGAGGAACGCAAAGAAAGGAACAAAGGCCGAUUUACUUGCGAUCAGUCAGUGGUCUCUCUGGCGCGAUUACGAUGGACGUACCCAAGUGCACGGACGAUCGAUGCGUAAAUGUUUCGCUGAAUCUAUAGAUUGACACAAAAGAACGAGAAACGCUCGACGCGGAGAGGACUCCGGCGUGACUUCGGCGAAAUUUUUUUUUAAAUGGUUAGACAGCACAUGAAAGAUUGCUUUGAGGCACAGGAAUAUCGAGAUUCGGCAGUCAUGUAGAAGAAGGUCGACGUCGGAUCAAGGGUUUUCGCAUUGAUUUCCGGGAGAGGUCAACGGCGACUUCAAAUCGCUCGUUUUUUAGCCCUGAACAAAGCGAGAAAUGAAAUUUUGAGGGGGUUGGGAGAUACCUGCGAGACUCGGCGAGUUCUGUGAUUCGAGCGAGGAGAAAGCGACGAGAAAAGGAACGGAACGUUUCCAACAAGAUGUCGUGAACGUUUCGAGGGAACGCUGGACUGUCUCUGGCGCGCAAAUUUUGGGAAUUUUUUGCGAGUGGUGGAAGAGAAGUUCCUUGUGUUUGGUUUUCUGAAGUUGAACGAGACUUCGGGGGCCAGCUUGCCCGGAAAAUUGGCAGUGUUAGUUCGCGGGGAUUUUCAAAGUGCAUCGUGGAAGACCGCGCAAGAUUCUACCUAUGAGUGAUGCUUUCGGACGUAACGUCGGCGAAAGUUCGGCCGUUAGUUCCGCUCCGUUGAACGAUACCGAGGAAUCUUCUUCACAGAGGGCUGAUUCCACCGCGCGAUUACGCGAGGCGGAACGACGUGGUUGAGAGAUCCCAAAAAGAGCCCGCCGCGCAAAACGGUUGCAUCUCUCGCUCCCGCCGAUUCAUUUAUAAUAAUUGAAGCGAUCCGUGCGUCGCACGAACGGUCGCGGCAGCGUAUCGUCAAUGGCGCACAUCCAAUCUCUGAUCGCCGUAUUAGGUUACGGAUUCCGCGCGAUAUCGCGGAUAUUGCCCGUUCCCGUAUCAGUGUACAUCCCGACGAUCUGGUUCAGCUCGCGAAUCGAUCAAAAGAAACGAGCGCUCUUACUUCCGUAAGGUCGGAGUUCACGGAUGUAAGCAAGCUCGUAGACUCGAGGCUAAAAAAAAUUUAAUAUAAGGAAGAAACGGAAUCUAUAUAAAAAAUCCACGAACGCUUAAAACAAAUGGUUGAAAUUAAUUAAAUAAAAUGAGAUUAAAGUACAAUCGUGCGCUUAGGUGUAUCCGUGCGCCCGUAACACGACGCACACAAACCUAGUGAAUGUGAAAAGUGUCGGCUCCGUUAUAUCGCGCUUGUUCGUAACUCCUCCCUCGUCGGGUUUCGUUUAUAUCGCGCGCGCGCCUGCUCAUUCUCAUUCUCUCAAGCAGUGCGCGAAUAUAUACGUAUAACACGAGUGGUAGAUCGCGUGCCCGCGAUCUCGUGCCCCCGACGCUUGUCGUUACACGUCUGAUCCGUAAGUGUAACGAAACUUCCUGUAUGUACGCGGUAUCGCGCCCUGUCACGGUACCGUAAAAAUUCGCGUUGCUGUGGACCGGUCCGCUGUUCGCACGGACGGAGGAUCUGAUCCUCUAAUAACAGAGAGGGAGAGACGACGAUUCGGCCGAGAGGGAGAUAUGUGCGGCGUGGGAUACUCGUUUCGGAUCGGACUCGACUAUCGGAAGUCCGUACGAAUUCGUCGGUACGGCGACACUAUUUAGGCACCUAAAACGAUCCGUGGGCAGGACGAGGGGGGAAAAGAAGGAGAGAGGAGGUGUACGUGAGUCGAGGGAGUGCGUGAGCGAUUCUAAUCAACGUCAAUUGAGUUAGAUUAGGGUCGAAGUGGUUCUGAAAGGGGCAUCGAUAAAAGCCAUGGGCAUCAUGGAUGCGUGGAAGGGCGGCCGGAUAAUCUAUGCUUAUCUCAUAUGGGUUGUCUUCAAGGCUGCCACAGCGGGGGGACUUUAUGAUGCCAUGAAUUCGUUGAUGGAGGACGUCGUCGUGGAGGCGGGGAAGAACGUCACGCUGGGCUGUCCGGGGGUGACGGAGAAUUCGCUGGUGUUGAUGCUCGAGUGGCGGGCAAACGGGAUGCGGCUGCUCGAGUACAAGAGCAAAAGCACGACUGUCGUGCAACGAACAGAACAGAACAGAAUGUCCCUGUCGUUGAAAAAUUAUUCGCUGCAGCUGCAUCCCGUCACCGCCGCCGACAGCGGUACGUACGAGUGUCUCGUGAACAACCGGAAUGCGCCGGAAGCCGUGAUCAAGCUCAUCGUUCGAG